UUCUGUUCCCGCUCUAAUUCCGUGUACAUUCCCUCCUUUUAUUUAUUUAUUUAUUUUUUUCUAUCAUUUCCAAAUCUAUCCAAGAAAUCCAUUGUCAGAUGUCCACUUCUUCUUCCAAUUUUUCCAUCGGAUCCACCACCACCACAACCCUAUUAGUACUAUGGAGAACCAGACUGUGGAAGAGGUCAAUGAUUCAGCAACACCAUCAUCAGACGCAGAAUCACAUUUUCAUUUUACGGUUCAGUCAAACAAACGUUCUAAAAGAGACAUAGCUUGGAGACAUGUUAGUUUAUCUCAUGAUGAAUUUGGAAAAAAUAUAUACACGUGCGACUAUUGUAAAAAUGUUUUCCGUGGAGGGGGUAUUUUCCGAAUGAAACAACAUCUUGCGGGAAUAAAAGGUAGUGUUAAAUCGUGUUUUAAAGUUCCGAGGGAUGUCAAGUUUGAAAUGCUAAGAGCUUUAGGACACAAAGUGAGUGGUGGAGUAGGUAUUGUAAAAAUGGAAACAGAAGAUGCAUCCUCUUCAAAAAAUGCAGCCCCAAAAACAUCACUCGGAAAACGAAAUACUUCUUGUAUCUCUGACAACCGAAGGUCAUGUUUUCAACAAGGUAUACAAGAUCCAUCUCAACCUUCAAUAAAGUCAAUAUGGCACAGUAAAGAAAGAAUUCAUGAUGCAGAUUUGGCUAUUGCUUUGUGGCUUUAUGAUGCUGGCAUACCAUUGAGUGUUGUUAAUUCACCAUAUUUUCCAAUAGCGAUGAGUAAGAUAGCUGCUAUGGGGAAUGGAUAUAAAGGGCCUUCAUCUCAUGCAAUGCGUGUCAGUCUAUUGGCAGAUGCUAAACAGUCGGUGAAUCUCAUAGUGGAUUCUUACAGAGAACGUUGGUCAGAAAUCGGGUGUACUAUAAUGAGCGAUGGUUGGCGAGAUUCCCAACAAAGGCCUCUCAUUAACUUUUUGGUUUAUUGUUCAAAAGGGAUCUCAUUCAUUAAAUCCGUUGAUGCAUCAGAUAUUGAAAGCAAUGCUGAAGACCUAUGUAAUCUAUUUGCCGAAAUAGUUGAAACAGUUGGUUGUUCGAAUAUUGUUCACUUUGUUACAGAGAAUGGCGCCAACUACAAAGCUGCAGGAAGCCUGUUAGAGGAGAGGUACCCGAUGAUAUGUUGGUCUCCAUGUUCAACGCAUUGCAUUAACUUGAUUUUGAAGGAUAUUUCUGAAUUAGAUGAUGUGGCAGAUCUGAUUACCCUUGCUUCACAAGUUACUGUCUUUAUUUAUAACCACAAAUGGUCUCUUAAUUGGUUGAGGAAGAGAGAUGGUUGGACUGAAAUCAUUCAACCUGGUGCUACACGUUUUGAUACAUCUUUUAUAGCUUUAAACAGUUUACAUGAGCAGGUCACAGAAAAGCAGUUAAGUUGAAAUCUUAAUCUUAGAAUGGAAAGAAUUUAUUUUUCAGUCUACCAUUCUGACUAAUCCAAGUCAUAGGUUCGAACCCUAAUUCCCGUUUAGGGCUGGAACUGAUUAGAAUCCUCAGCCUAAUUAACCCAGGUGUUAUUAGGAAAGAAGAUGGACAGAGUAACUAUCAAAGUGAGUGCUACUGGUUCGAAUCCAGUUCACAGAGUUCAUUGGUGUUAUCUAUUUUUUUAUUAAUGAGCUGAGUUGAACCUAUUUUCUUCUUAUAUUUUAGGGCUUUGCUUGGCAUUGGGCUUUAGUUAAGCCUACAUCUUUAUUUUGAUUUGGUCCGAAAGAAAUAGACGCAUUUUCAUUCAGGCAACAAGCAAAACCCCAUCGAUAUGUCUUUCUUUGAUGGUUCAUGUAGGCUUGGGUCUUCAUCUUUUAUAGCUUUAAACAGUUUACAUGAGCAUAAGUUAGAUUUACAGGCUUUAGUCACCUGCAAAGAUUUUGAAAAGGCCUUGAAAUUAGCAAAAGCAAGAGAGGUGAAGCUUAUUGUUUUGGAUGAAAGUUUUUGGAAAAAUUGUUCUAUGGUGAUGAAGAUAAUGACUCCAGUAUUGAGACUUUUGAGAAUUUGCGAUUCUAACGAAAAGCCUUCGUUAGGUUUUGUAUAUGAAGGUAUGGACAGGGUUAUCAAAGACAUUAAAGAGGUUUUUGAAAACAAAGAAGAUUUGUAUAUGCGUUACACAACUAUUAUUAAUAGUCGUUGGGAUAAUAUGUUGCGUAAAAGUCUUCAUUCGGCUGCUUAUUGGUUAAAUUCAAUGUUUCAAUUUGAUGAAGACAAUAAAGAUGCACUACGGGCAGCCUUUCGUGGAGUACUUGACCUGAUUGGGAAGAAGAAAAGUGAGGAUCCCAUAACUCUUACAUCGCAACUCUUUAAAUUUUGUGACCGAGUGGGUGAUUUUGGUAGACCAAUGGCAGUUGCUAGUUGUAAAGCGUUGUGUCCAGAUGAGUGGUGGAAAUUAUUUGGUGGUGAAGCUCCGGAGUUGCAGAGGUUUGCAGUUAGGAUUUUAAGUCAAACAUCCUCUUCGUCUGGGUGCGAGAGGAAUUGGAGUGUGUUUGAAAGAAUUCACACAAAAAGAAAAAACCGGUUAGAGCAUCAAAGACUAAUUGACUUGGUGUAUGUUCAUUAUAACUUGCGUCUACAAAACAGGAACAAAGGGAAUACAAUGUCAUAUGGCCCACUUGAUUAUGAAAAUAUUGAUAAAACUGAUAUUUGGGUGGUCAAUGAAGAAGCCGAAGGAGAAUUGGACUAUGAUGAAUUGGAAAGUAUGCUGGAUGAAGAGCCACCAAAAACCUCUGUCCCGUCUACUUCUGGCUGUGGUUCACAUAUUGACAUCUCUUGUAAGGGAAGUCCUUAAUUUUUGCAAUAUAUGCAUACAUUUGAGCAUUUUCAACGGUCAUUUUAAUUUUAUCUGUAACUUAAAGUCCCUUGAGUGGUGUCUAUGACUGAUGUUAGCAUGACUUUCAGUACGGGUAUUCUUUUGUAUCUGAGUUUUAACUGAUUCAGUAGACCUUCAUAUCCAAACUAUUAUUUCAAU